GGUUAAUGCCAGUGGUCUCAACUACAUAGAGAACUCACUGGAUUGGCCACUGCUCUCAUUUUAAAUCUCCCCUUGUAACGCUCGCCUAUUCAAACGGGCACUGGAAGGACUGGUUGUUUGUGUCGGAAGUUGCCGUUUUCGUGGAUUUAUCUGCUGGUUGAAAGGGAGGAAGGGGCAAGUGAAAUAAUUGCAAGUAUUUUACUUGUGUUAAGACGUGGACAAUGGCUAGGAAAGCAGGCGAUACCAGCGGAAUUCCGGCCAUAAUUUAUGAUCCACACACAGAAACAAGAUACAAAAUAGGCAGAUUCUUUGGAAAGGGUGGAUUUGCAAAAUGUUAUGAAAUAAUAGAUAUAAAAUCAAACCAAAUAUUUGCUGGAAAAAUAGUUCCUAAAAAGAACCUUGUUGGAAGCAACCAGAAAGAAAAAAUGACUCAAGAAAUAAACAUCCAUCGAAGUUUGAAGCAUCCGAAUAUUGUUGGUUUUUACAAUUUUUUUGAUGAUGACAACUUCGUUUACAUAGUAUUAGAAUUAUGCCGAAAUAGGUCUAUGAUGGAAAUGCAGAAAAGACGCAAGUGUUUGACGGAACCUGAAGUAAGAUAUUUUCUGCAUCAAAUUCUGAUUGGGGUUGAUUACCUUCAUAAAAGAAAUAUAAUACACAGAGACCUUAAACUUGGAAACUUAUUUUUAAAUGAUAACAUGGAGGUGAGAAUUGGAGAUUUUGGUCUUGCAGCCAAAGUUGAAUAUCAGGGAGAAAGAAAAAAGACAUUGUGUGGAACACCUAAUUACAUAGCUCCAGAGAUCCUAACAAAAAAAGGACAUAGCUUUGAAGUGGAUGUGUGGUCAAUUGGUUGUAUUAUGUACACUCUUCUUUUUGGGAAACCUCCAUUUGAAACUUCUUCCUUAAAAGAGACUUAUGCACUCAUUAAAAAAUGCCAGUAUUGUAUUCCUCAAAACAAAGUUUCUAAAAAAGCCAAGGAUCUUAUUGUGUCAAUGUUGCAAACUGAUCCUAAGAUAAGACCAACAAUAGAAGACUUGCUGAGAUCGGAUUACUUCAUGAGUUACAUGCCCAAGCAGCUUCCAGUUUCUUGCUUGACCAUGGCACCACGCCAAGAAAGAGCUGUGAUGAGGAAACCUUUAUUAGAAGUUAACACAAAUGAAGAUGGUUCUGGUGGAGUGGUGGCUGGAGCAAAGAAACCUGAUCCAGCUGGUAAUCCUCCAGCAAGUGCACAGGUAAUGGUUGAAGAAGUUUAUGCAAAUUUGAAGAAAUUGGAACACUUAAUAGUGAAGGUCCUUUCAAGCAAACCUGCAGCUAGAGGGGCACAGAAUGAAGCAGUUUAUGGAGAUGAAAUGACUGAUCCUGCUGCCCAACCAAUUGUCUGGAUAUCUAAAUGGGUCGACUACUCAGACAAAUAUGGCUUUGGAUACAUGCUGUGUGAUGAAAGUGUUGGGGUUGUAUUCAAUGACAACACAAAAAUAGUCAUGCUCUCUGAUGGAAUUAAUGUCCACUACAUCACAAAAGAAGGCUUUGAAUCUUACCACACAAUGGAAAACUUCCCUCCAACUUUGGACAAAAAGAUGAAACUAUUGACAUAUUUUCGCCGUUACAUGAAUGAACAUCUUAGUAAAGCUGGAGCAUCAGUUGCUCCACGAGAGAGUGAUACACUUAGUCGCAUUCCAUGUAUGGUCCAAUGGUGUCGAAGGUCAAGUGCUGUGAUCAUGCAUCUGAAUAAUGGAACUCUGCAGGUCAAUUUCAGUGAUCACACAAAAGUCGUACUGUGUCCUCACAUGGCUGCAAUUACAUUCAUAAACGCUGACAAAAGUUUCCGAACAUAUAGAUUUUCUACCAUUACUGAACAAGGUUGCAUUCCACAGUUGGAAAAUGCAAUGAAGUUUGUGAUUGCCAAUAUGUCUUCUAUUGAAGCAAGAGUGAGGGUUUGAGUGUGGCACUAGCAUGGAAGACAUGUCUUUUUAAGUAUUUUAUUCCUUUUUGAUGGAAGAUAUUUUUUUUAUUUUGUGAUGUCAGGAUUAUUUUCUAUUUUCACAUUUGCUUUUUUGUACAAGUUGAGCCAAGACUGAUUAUAAUUGCCGUCUUCGUUUUUGUAUGCAUCAAAUUUAAAGGAAGUAUUUUGAAGAAUUUUCAUGGAAGUUACAGUUGAUUUCUAUUGUGUUGAUUGUAGUGACACUUGUAAUCAUUUUGCCAUUUACAUUUUUUGACCCUGUAUACUAAUUGUAAAAUAGGCAUCGUAUUUCAUGUUUUAUUUGUAUUAAUAAUUGCUUUUAAUUAAUAAAUAUUUAUGAAGUACUGUAAUUAACUUUUGUUGGAAAUUUGAAAAGGGAAGAAGUUUUUUUGUACAUUAGAUUUGAUAUGUAUUUAUAAGUUCAGCUGUUGUAGUAAUAUAGUUAUCCAGAUCUACUAUUGUGUAUAGUCUUUCUUUCUUCUAUCUUGGAUUAAUAUGACAAGUGUGCAAGUGAAUUAUAAAAGAGGAUAAACAUAUGUAAUAUAUAUAUAAUUAAGCCUUUGUAUACUAAAAAGAACUCGGUUUAAUUCUGAAAUAUCAUAAGAUGCUUGUACAAAAUGUAUUUGAGUAUUCUCUAUGAGAAUGUUAUGAUUAUUUCCCUCUACAAAUGUAAAAGGCAGUGGGAUCCUAUUAGGUUUAACACUAGAAGGAUCAGUAUUUCAUUCAAUAUAUAAAGGCCUGUAGUAAUUUUGACAAGUUAUCCAUUUACUUCAUAAGCACUUAAAAAAUUUGUUUUUCUAACUCGCUACAAUGUAAAAUGAAUAAAUGAAUUAUUCACUAGUUGUUACUAUGACAAUGUGCAUGUUAUUGUAGAAAGAUAGUUAAAAACCAAUUAGGCAUAUUUUUCUCACAGCAUUUUCUACAAACUUAAACACACACACGUGCAGAAGGAGAUAGUUACAUUUGCCUUCUCCUUGGUAAUCCCUUCUAUUACAAGACUAUGAGAAUCCCUUCUUCGUAUCAAUACAUGAUGGGAAGGUUUUCUAAUUAAAAACGAUUGCUGGAGUAUUAUAUUGUACACAUGUCAUUUUGACACAUUCAGUCCUUCUAGUGUUAAAAGAAAUUUAAUCCACUCAAAAGCAUAAACGGCACCACUUUAAUAUAUUAAAGGUGGUUUUAUGAAUAAUGCGUAAGUUAAUAUUCAUACAUUGUCAAAAUGAAUGUCUAAUACAUAAUUGAGAAAGCUAGCUGCAUCAAAUUUAAUGUGAUAGAUUGAUGCAUUGAUCAAUAAAAUGUUUAAGUUAUUUUGUGUAAAACUCUUUUGAGCACUACUCUCAAUUGCAAAGCAUCAUCCUUAAUUCCUCUCAGAAAAACUACUAGAUUACCUAGUCACGGAAGUAUAACCAGUGUUCAUAAUGAAGCAAACCCAUUGUGCUUCAGGACUGCAAUGCAUUGUUGCUUUUCUAGAAUACUCUUGUAACCUAAGUUAACAUUUAAGGUGAAUUGGCCCUGAAGAGAAUGAAGGUGACAUACCAAUUGCAACUUCGCAGAUGCACAACUCUUUCAUGGACAGUUACACUGAGCUCUUGCACAAAACUGGUAUUUUACAGUAUGGGAAAAGUAACAUGUUCCAUCACUUUUUUUUUUCUUCCCCGAAGCAAAGACUGGACAUUUAUCAAAGCAUAUUGCACAACUUAAUACAAAACAUUACAUUACAAUGUGGUAUUCUUUUUCUUAUGCUCAUUUUGGAGGAUUGCAUGAAUAUUGAGUAAUUGCCCAUUGGAAAAUCUCUUACCUUGCAUGACCAAUAUUCAAACUUUUAUUUAUAAAUCGUUUAAUAUGAUUCUCAUUCAGAUCAAAACUAUUUUAGAUUCACACAAUCUUCUGGCACUUAACAUCAACUCAUGGUUUUAAUUGACACCAGGAUAGUUCAUCAGAAAAGCACUCAAAUCAAUAUCUU